AGGGUUUAAAUAUUCGCCUCUCUCUCUCUCUCUCUCUCUCUCUUAGGGGUUGAUUUCUCUCCGGUGACCGAUUGCGGCCCUCCGCCGAUCGAAUCUGCUAUGGAUCUAACGAAGAAGCGCAAGGCCGAAGAAAAUGGAGCGGCUUAUCCGAUACCAAUCGAGAUUAUGGGAAACGCCGUUCCCGGUGGUCCUCCGCCGCCGACCGGGAUCCUCAGCCCCGAAGACGCCAAUAGAAUACUCGAUCCCUUCUCCAAGGAGCAACUCAUCUCCGUCUUGCGUAACGCCGUGAUCCGGUAUCCGGAUAUUCUUGAAGCCGUUCGUGCAGUGGCUGAUGCCGAUACCACUCAGCGGAAGCUCUUUGUUCGCGGACUCGGCUGGGAGACCACCACGGACAAGCUCCGCCAAGUGUUUUCUGCUUACGGGGAGCUUGAUGAGGCUAUCGUGAUUACAGAUAAGAACACAGGGAAAUCUAAAGGUUAUGGAUUCGUGACAUUUAAACAUAUUGAUGCGGCCAUAAUUGCACUUAAGGAGCCAAAUAAGAAAAUUGAUGGGCGUAUUACUGUGACUCAGCUUGCAGUUGCAGGGAAUUCGGGUAAUUCACAAUCUUCAGAUGUUGCUCUUAGGAAAAUAUAUGUGGGGAAUGUGCCGUUUGAAAUUUCUUCAGAGAGGCUCUUGAGUUUCUUUUCUACUUUUGGGGAAAUUGAGGAAGGGCCGUUAGGUUUUGAUAAGCAGACUGGUAAAGCCAAGGGGUUUGCUUUCUUUGUCUACAAGACUGAAGAUGGUGCUAGAGCAUCAUUGCAUGAGCCCAUGAAGGUUAUAGACGGAAAUCAGGUGGUGUGUAAACUGGCUACUGAUAACAAGAAAGGGAAGCAGCCUAAUAUGGGGCCUGCUGGUGGCCCUGGAAUGCCAAACACAGGACAUACUGGAAUGCCUGGGGAUGAUAGAAUGGGUCAUGGGCCUAUGCCUGGACCAAACUAUGGAAUGCAUGGAACUGGAAUGGGUCCUUAUCCAGGUUAUCCAGGUGGACCUGUUUCAGGAAUGCAGCAAGCACCACCACAGACAGGAAUGAUGCAUCAGCCAUUGAAUUCGGGCAUGGGUGGGCCUGCUGGACCAGGGUAUGGGAACCAAGGGCCGGGGCCUUAUGGUGGUGGUACAAAUAGCUAUCCUGGUAGUGUUGGAUAUGGAGGUGGUGCUUCAGGGGAUUUUGGUAAUGGCGGCAUGGGUGGUGCCCCGGGGUCUAAUAUGUAUAGGGUGCCGCCAAGCUCUGCUGGAAUGCCUAAUUCAGGAGGGUACCCUGAAGGUGGUAAUUAUGGGUAUCCCUCACAGAUGCCACAGUCUGGACCAGGCUCCAGGGUUCCUCCUGGCGGUGGUGGUAUGUAUCAGGGUGGGCCUACAUACUACUAAGGUGUUUGAGAGCCUCUUGGGAGCACAUGCUUUAUAUGGUUAUGGUGAUUUCCUGAUUGCAGACUGAAUUCUUACAUGAUAAAUGGACUGCUCUACAUCUGUUGCUGCUCCUUUCUAUCUGCUACUAUAAGUUGUGGACUUUGUGGAUUCUAGUUCAUGUUUGCUAGUUUUAAACUAGGAGUUACUUCAAAGAACUUGCUGUAUCUGGUGUUGAAUAAUUUGAUGAUUGUUCUUUACUCGGUUUUGUUCCUCAAUUUAACUGCUAUUUGUAUUUGUAUGCUUUUCUUUUCGUAUCCCUGCAGUGGUUUUAAGUAUACUUAUUAACUGUCCAAUUUCCCUUUUAUGGCUAAUUUUACAGUUUGUUAGUAACUAACUAUGCACACUGACUGUGUCUAUUCGGUUAUGUUCUUUUCAACUGAAGGCCUGAAACUUACUAAACUAAAUUCAGAAGUGUUGUACUGAACCGGAAAUUGAAUAAUUUUGUUAUGAUGCUAUUUGAGUAUUUUAUGUGUUGAAUUGACUUGAGAAGGUUUGAACCAAAAAUAAGUUGAAAAGAACAUACCCUUCAACAAGCAGUAAUUCAUUCUCGUGAAAACUUGAAAAUAAAUUUCACAUACAGGUUUUUUUAUGCUCUCUAUCAAAGUCAUUUUUGACAUGUAAUGACAUAAAUUUAGAAUGUCAAACCAUUCUUUAAUCUCUGUUCACCCGGUGUUCUUUGCAUUUUUUUAUUGUUUGCUUGGGCGUCACUAAAGUGUGUGAAAUUCAGUUAACAAACUGUUAAGUGUUUUUACUUUCGGCUGCGUUAUUCUUUCUCGUUGUUCAUCCCCAUCAGCUAACAACUUGUUUUAAGAUUACAUUUCUGGUAUCUCAACUAUCUGUCUUUUUGAAACAACAUUGUCGUUGUAGGUAGGGUUACAGUCUGUUUAAGUUCACUUUCUCCGCUCACUUGGGCAAUUUGUCAUUUGUGUAUAUUGUGAUUCUACCAAAAUAGUCAAUUCAAUACCUGUAGUUUCUUUGUGUGCCGAACAUGAUAUUACAAUACAAUUAAGCUGCCAGAUCAUGGUGCUAAUAACUUGAAGGAUAAAGAUAUAUUUAAGCAUCUCCCCUUUGUUUUGUUAUGUGUCACGCCGGUGAGGUUGAGGUUGUAGCAACAGAAGAGGUCUUGACGUACGUGCAGCUAGCUCCCCGUCGCUGCAUUGGCAUAUUCAACUUGCUUCGGGCUUGUCAUUGAAGUUCCUGAGGUAUAUUUUGGGACCUUAUAUAAACAAAGAAGGUAUGGUCUACUGGGAAUGGACAUUGGCUAGGUUUGUAGCAGCUGUUUUGUAUACACACAUUCUUGAGUGACUCAUGAUAUGAAAAUGGUGCAGUGUACAUCAUAAUGUCCUAACCUUAAUGAGUUGUCCUACAGUCCUACACUAACCAACAAAAUUUCUAGUAUUUC